AUGGAUAACAGAAUCGAAAUACACGUGCAGGAAGGAAAGUUAAUUGGCAUCAUAGAAAAAGGUGUUUAUGAUGAUUAUUACAUAGCUUUUCGAGGAAUACCAUAUGCGAAACCACCGAUUGGAGAACUUAGAUUCAAAGAUCCGGUACCAGCAGAACCAUGGUCCGGUAAAAGAGACGCUUCAAAAUAUGGAAACAUCUCCGUUCAAAUAAAUAAUUUUACACAUGAAAUUAACGGCAGUGAAGAUUGUCUUUAUUUAAACGUGUACACCACGAAUAUUAAACCUUCGAAGAAACAUGCAGUAAUGGUGUGGAUACAUGGUGGUGCUUUUUAUCAGGGUUCUGGUGAUGCAAUCAUGUACGGUCCCGAUUAUAUAAUGCAGAAAGAUGUAAUUUUGGUUACCUUGAAUUAUAGACUAGGCGUUCUAGGUUUCCUGAAUCUCUACGAUAAAGUGGCGACAGGUAAUCAAGGUCUGAAGGAUGUGAUCAUGGCGUUACAAUGGGUGCAGAAAAAUAUAUCAGAGUUCGGAGGAAAUCCAGAUAAUGUCACUAUUUUCGGCGAAAGCGCUGGCGGAGCCAUCGUACAUUAUUUAACUCUGUCUCCGUUAGCUAAAGGUCUAUUUCAUAAAGCGAUAUCACAAAGUGGUGUCGCAACAUGUCCUUGGGGUUUAAUUAAACAAUCUCGUUCGAUGAAUAAAGGUCUUCGACUCGUGAAGAUACUCGGAAAAACUACUACAGAUCCAAAAGUCGCUUAUGAAUUUCUCAAAACAAUUGAUGCUAAAAAACUGAUAGAAACUGAACAAAAGUCUCUCUUGACGGAAACUGAGAAUCUACAAUAUAGUUUAAUAUGUUCACCGACUUUGGAUCACGAAUCAUCGAAUCCAGUUUUUCCGGAAGAUCCAAAAACGUUUAAACACCGCGGUGUUAAGGUACCAUUCCUUCUGGGUUUUACCAGUUGCGAAGGAUCUUUUCUUCCAUGCAGUAACUGGAAAGGGCAUAUAAGCAAAGAAAAGCUUAGGAAAAUCGAUUCUGAUUUCAAAAAUGCUAUAUUGCCUGAAACUUUAUCUACGUUACCAAUUACAGUCGAGGAAUUACGAUCUUUAUAUUUUGGUGACAAAGCAAUUUCAGAAGAAACUCUAACAAAUUACGUUGAUUUUCUCAGCGAUGAAUUCUUCUAUCGUGGUAUAAUGGAAGCAGUGGAUAUUCAGACAAAGCUGAAUAAUAAUGACAAGAAAGCGACGUAUCUGUAUAAAUUUUCAUACGAGAGUGACUCUUCUUUUAUAAGAAAAAUAUACAAUAUUCAAUUUCCAGGUGUGUCACAUGCUGAGGAACUGGUCUAUCUGUUUUAUUUUAAUAUGUUAAAAGAUUUCGGCAUGUCAUCACCUGCAAUUGAUUCAGAAGACUAUAAGAUGAUAAAAUGCUUAACACAAAUGUGGACGGAUUUUGCUAAAACAGGAAAUCCAACGCCUGUUACAAAUACGUGGUUACCCGUGAGCGAUUCACAAGAUGGAAAAUACAAUUACCUAAAUAUCGAUACAAUCUUGCAAAUGAAAUUUUUCCGUAAAGGAGAAGAAAGAUGGGAUUGGGAAAAGAAAAAAAAAUAAGUUAUAGCGUUCAAACUUUAUAUUAAGUACUUUAUAUUAAAUAACUCUAUAUUAAAUUGGGUUUCUCUGUAUCUUUUGAGUUUAUAAUAACUAUACUUGUAACUUUUUAAACAUAUUUUUUAUGAUAGACAUAUUAUUCUUAUUCUCUUUGAGGUCAGGAUCGAUUUUGAUUUAUAGGAAUAGAAAAUUACAUAAUAAUUUAGUCUCCAAACUAUGACUUACUGGGAACAGAAAUUUUUUGCAAAUUCAAAUUAAGAAGUGUUAGUUAAGCAUUUAGUACUAUUUGUCGUUGAAUUUCAAAUAAUUUUAGUUAAAUUCUGACUGAGAAUUAU